UCCAUUCUAGCCUGUAUGCUGCUACACAAGCAGAUUUCAGCAGGCAGCCUCUGAAACAGGUAGAGGAUCAGAUUGUUCUUAGCAGCCUAUGCUCCCAUCUAACCUCUAGGAGGGGUGCAGGAGCUAAAAGAAUGUCUCUCUUCAGCUGCAUUCAAUUAUUUGGUUUUAUAGUGAUUGCAAUUGUCAGUCAUGUGGCCUGUAUGAGCAUGUAUGAGGCCAGAGCUAAACCUAAGAAAAUGUCUGAGAACAGCCAGUAUGAGAUUCAGGAGAGGAAUCACAGAAAGUCACAAAUGUCAAAGAAUGAUAGGACUUUUGGUGCUUUGCCAACCCCAGCCUUCCUACUAAGUGACGAUAUGAUCAGUUCCCCACUCUUGAGAGUGGCAGUAGAAAAGGGGCAGCCAAGUGCUUUGAAACAGAACAAAGAUGAACUCCGAACCUUUCAUUUAUCCUAUAAUCAACGAGUAAAUCAGCCAGGAGAUGUUAAAGCCAAGAGAAAGAAGCACAACAGGGAGCAAAAAAGGUCCGGUCUGAAAGAUCGUGCCAGACAUCACAGAGGGAGAGGCUUUGAAGUGGAAUCCAGCGGCCUCUUAAGAGAAGAUUUAACCUUCAAAGCACCCACUCAGUACACUUAUUUGGACAUGUCCUCAAGUGGUCCCGCUACCAUGCUUCCGCAGAGCACUGCCAAGCCAAUGUUUAUUAAUGAACAGCCUACAGCAAUGUUAGAAACAGCUCGUCGCAUGCGGAUUCAUGGUAAGAAGGGAGGAGAUGUGAUGCCAACUCUAGACAUGACCCUUUUUGAUUGGACAGAUUAUGAAGAUAUGAAACCAGAAAUAUGGCCAUCAUCAAAAAAGAAAGGUAAAAACAAGGAGAAUACAAAUAAUGCAACUUUAGUUGAAGAACCAUGCGAUCACCAUCUUGACUGUCUUCCAGGAUCUUGCUGUGACUUGCGAGAACACCUCUGCAAACCUAACAAUCGAGGACUUAACAAUAAGUGUUAUGAUGACUGUAUGUGUACUGAAGGUCUUCGCUGUUAUGCCAAAUUCCACCGGAAUCAAAGAGUAACUAGACGGAAAGGACGAUGUGUGGACCCAGAAAAUAUAAAUAAAGAUCAAGGAUCAUUUAUUUCUAUUUAAAAUAUACAAGUGUGUCUGUCAACUCUACAGUAUUUAUAAAAUUGAUCUUACUUUUGAGGAGGAAGUCAAACAGUCGUUCUUCUAUUGCAGGAGCUGAAUCGUUGCUACAGUAACCAGGCUUUAUUGGAAUUAUAGCUAUAAAACAGUUUACCAAUAAAGUAAUGUCAGUUGUUUAACCUGUAAGGAAUAAUUAGAGAUGCAAACUUUAUACCUUUCAGACACAAGCAGUUUAAAUGUACAUAUAACAGAUGUAACUGUAUUCAAUCAGUAUUAUAAAAAAUUUGAUGAUUUACAGUGUAUGCAUUUACUAGGGACAUGCAAAAUUGUGGCCCAUAGGGUAUAACUACACGGUCGAUUUCCCUGCGAUUGUGCCAGAUCCGACGCGCUGCGCCAAAACACAGGUGUCAAGUCGGAUGCGACGGAAAACAAGGUAACAUACAAAUGUUGGAUGGUGAGAAUUCAUCUGACACGACGCGCAGCAUGCAGCGUCUGCAUCCGACAGUCGUAUCGUGAUACUGCGACUUCAUCCGACAUUUCUUUCUCUUACCUUAUUUCCGGCGCAUCGGACUUGGCGCCUGCGUUUUGUCGGGUCGGACUUAAAAAGCUUGUUUAGUUCUACCCUUAGAGCACACACAAAGCACUCUACCACUGAUAACAGGUAAAGGAACCACUGUAAUGAACAUUGACCCUGAAAAUUCACGCCCUAAAAUUAUAAUUUAAGAUGAGAUUCCUCCAAUAAAAUGAAUACACUAUCUAUAAAAUCCAUUAAAAAUCAAGCAUUUUAGAAUUUUAAAAAGAAAUCCUCCGAAAAUUAAAAUGUAAGAUGGACUUCAUAUCAGGGCAGUAGAGAACUUUCUAAAAUAAUUGGUUAAAUUAUUGUUGUACAGUUUCUGAAAUAAUCAAAUUACUCUUCACCAUCCCCCUCUUAAUAAUAUGUCUCUUUUUGUGCAGCUGUGUUUGAUUGACAGUUAAGUCAAAUACAUUGGUGUGUGCUCCCUUUGCAUAGACAAUGUAUUUCAAAAUUACUGACACAACGCUGCAUGAAGAGAGACAGAUUGCAGACAGACAGUGAACAGUUAUAUGAUUAUCUCAGAGACUGUAUAAAAUUUUAACUGUUUUCUCCCAGAAAGUUCUUUAUUGCUAUGCACAAAUUGUAAUUUCUACAAUAGUUCCCUUU